UGUAACCUAAAAUGACGUAGUCGUUGGUCGUUGGCGCAGCGAGUCGCGACGAAUGAAAAAUGGCCGCGAACGUGAGAACAGACAUGCGAAUACCAACGCGGGUGGCGCCUCAUCCUCCUGGCCAGAGUACGACGCAGAGAGAUCCGAUCUGGAGCAGCAGUAAUGACAUUUUUGGUAGUAACAAUCUGAUGACGCAACCUGUACAAAGGAAAAAGCCACCUCCUCGGCCUCCACCUCCAAAAUUUAAUUAUAAUCAUGUACAAUAUCAAAAGGAUCAGAAAGCAAGAAAGCCAGCCAGACCGACAGAAUUACUGACUAAUUUCUUUGCACGAAAAAAGCCAGAGAAUCCUCUUUCACGUCCCACAAGUCAGUUACAGAAUUCGGUAUUACAAUCCACAAACUCUGUAACAAAUUGUGCAGCAGUAUCUUUGAUAGAUCUCAGUCCACCUGGAUCACCAACAUUCACAACUCGUUCCAGUGAUGGAGUUAGCAUCGACAGUUUUGGUAGUGAUGGAAAUUCCAAUCCAUCUGUGUUCACAAGUAGUGGAAAUACAUCGCAAACGGAAAGUGCCUUUGAAGAUGAUUUUGAUUUCUUUGGUAUGUCCUCCAAGAAGAUAGCACAAAAUGAUCCAUGGCAAACUAAAGCAAUGCCAGAUCCAUUUGGGCCUUUGGAAGAUACAUGCUCGAAUGUGCCUCAAGGCGCUAGUGGCACGUGCCUCUUAUCCCUUAAUUUCAACAAUCGUGUAGGGAAUAGUGUGCCUUCCAAUUUGACUGCUUCUAAACCUUUUGUCACGUCGAUGCCUACGAUAAUCCGAGCAAGACCUCCUAAACCUCCAGCACCAAAGAUACCUUUCAAGAAGCUUGAACCGAUAUCUAAGGAAACAUGUAUCGGUUUUAAAAGUUCGAAUAGUAAUAUGGUGAAUAAAUCAUUGACGAUAGAUUUUUCGAAUGCCUGGCCCGAUGACUAUGAGGGAAGUAAUAGUCCAUCACCACCCAUGCCUAUGAUUCCACCACCAGCACCUCCUGUUGAUUAUUUGACUGAAUUGAACAACGAGCUUGGCGGAGAUUCGGAAAUUAAACCUCAUGGUAUUGCGCUGUACGACUUCCCGGCAACUCAUCCAGAUGAUUUAGCUUUAAAAGAGGGCGAUAUUGUGCAAUUGACAAAAAAGGUCAAUGACGAUUGGUUGGAAGGAAGAAUAGGAAAUCGUCAAGGAAUCUUUCCAUUUAACUUUAUUGACAUUAAGAUACCUCUGCCAGGUUUACCAGACAACAUCGUUACGGCGCUUUAUACUUUUAUAGGAGAGAACAGCGAGGACUUGUCGUUUGAAGAAGGUGCAAAAAUCACAGUCAUAUCGAGGAUAUCAGAAGAUUGGUUGUAUGGUGAGUACAAUGGUAGAAAGGGACAAUUCCCAGUAAAUUAUGUAAAUAGACUUCCGCAUAAUAUCUAAACAUUCUCUCAAUAUUUUGUGAAAUGUAUUAACAAUUUACUGUUGCUCCGUAUUGCAAACAUUAUUUAGGAUCAUCAAUUAUAUCUAUAAAUCAAUAUUAAGAAUAGUGAUAAAAAAGGAAGUAUAAAAAUAAGUUUUUUACGAUGUAAUUUUGAUCAUGUACAUAUUACUUAAAAUUGAUGCAAAUUUUAGAAAAUUUUAUCAACAGAAAGACUGAAUUACACAUACGAUUUUUAUUGUCGUGUUCCAAUAAAAAUAAUCUUUGAAAGUAUGAUCGCGAUAUAUUAUCUUUAGGAAUUAGAAGAUAACAUUUUCUGCGAUAAAAUAUGUACAAUUCGUUUAAUCUUUCUAAAAGUUUUGCCCCUUAUACUGUUUGCAAUAUUUUGUAAAGAUUGCUGUUGGCAAAGCAAAUUACGUAAAGUUUCUUUGUUUCUUAUUUUUGAAACUUUAUGACUUUGUAUAUGAUUGAGAGAGAAUUUCACCAAAUAUCUUAUAUAUGCCUUAUAUUUUUUAAA